UCCGUCUCCAGAGGCAUCAUCACCAGCAGCUCCCACUCCCACCACGUCUCCAACUGCUGGCACAGACACGACUACCGAAGCAUCAGAUUCAACAACCUCUACCUCUAUGGCCACUUUUCCCUUUGGCAGCCCUCCUCCCACAACCACCCUUCCGCCCUGGUUUACGUAUGCGUCCAUGACCAUCACCGAGAGCUCGACCACGGAAGUUGCUCCCAUCACGGUGAUCACCUUAACGAGCGCCAGCCACACGACCAGCGUCACCUACGUCUCGACGCGCACCAGCUCCGGCGACAUCGGGCCCACGCCUGCGUGGAUGUGCUGGGGCCCGCUCUGCGACCACAGCAGCUCCUGCAUCAUCCCCCUCUUCUGCAAGUCCCAACCGGGCAGCGGCGUCUCCUGGGGUCUCUGCUGCGGCUGGGAGCCCAAACUGCCCGGCCUACCGUCCGGAGAGGCUCCUCCAGCAGGGGGUCCCAGCCCAGGGCCUCCGGACUUGGACAACGACGACGGCUCUUCGUCGAAAAAAACUACAGCCAAAACCACUGAGAAAACUACAGAAAAAACUACGGCUAAAACGACGGCAAAGUUGUCCGAGACGGACAAGUCCACGACAACGUGCACGCGCACGCAGACGGCCAGUUCGUGUGCCAUCACUCUGUCCGUCUUCACGCCGUCCGGGGCCAGCACGGCGUCGACAUCCACCAUUACGGGCACCUGCUCCACGACCACCGGCUGCUCCGUCACAAACACCGCCUCGACCACCACCACGACGAGCGACGCAGUGAUAACCCCGACUAUUAUCGCUGAUCCGGAAAAUUGGGACGGCGAGAAUGACUGGCUUUCCAUGCAGCAGGCCGGUUUGGAGGUGCUUCUUACUGCUACGUACCCUAUUUUGACUUGGACUAGCGGUAGUAGCAGCAGCAGCAAGGCAUCGUCCACGAAGGCAUCAACUACGAAGGCUUCGUCCAAAAUCGCUUCGCCUACCAAAGCUUCGACUAAGGCUAGCACAACGACCUCAAAGACCACGCAUACAACAAGUAGCACGACUCACACGACAACAACCGCCAAAACGACCAGUACCAAGACGACCAGUACGACAAAAACGACGACGACAACCAGCUCGUCCGGAUCAUCACUCUGGUGCGCGCCCACCACCAUCGCCCCUCCAGGCGUACCACAAGACCACGUCCAAACCAACAUCACCGACUUCUGCGAUCUCUUCGACCGGGACGUCGAUGUGUUCACGCUGAUGCCGGACCCCGACGACCGGUCAAUGGGGCUCGAGUACUUCUUCCCGGACGUUGAGAUGACGCUGAACGUCAGCCUCGUGGCGGGCAACUCCUACGAGGUCUUCCAGACCACCUGCGACGAGGCGCUGCACACGGUGCUCAACGGGUGUCCGCCUUUCAAGGAGGAUCCCAAGGCGGCGCAUCUGUUCAAGUUUGGUGGUGGUAUUACCGUGUCUGGCCCGGAUGGUGUUGCGUCGUUCAAUAUGACGCUCGUUGCGAAGCCCGGGGAUCCGGGGAGGGAGCCGAAUUGUAAUGCUCCUGAUUGUUGA